AUGGACCUGACACUGGCAAGGGCAGGUCUCUUAGAACUCACUGAUGAUCAGAUCAAGAAUAUGACGGUUUGUCCAGUCCAUUGCUACACUUUGGGAAAAUACUGGCAAGCUCUAAAGACCUGCCAGUAUCCAAAACAUCACAGGAAGAAAAUGGCAAUAGCCAGAACACAUGUUAUUAAUUUCAAAACCGCAAGGGAAAUAAAAAAUAUCUUUGGAGAAGCCCUUCCCAUUGGCUCGCGUAAGUACUAUCAGACUAGCAACUAUAACUGUUCUAUUCAUUCAUUUUAUAUUUAACAUAUCAGAAUUAAAAGGUUUUGUCUUCCUUAACAUUUCAACUAAAUAUCUUCGUUCAUGAUCUAAUUACUUAAAAGCGGGCUAUAGACUGAGGGGAAGUCCCAUUCAGUAUAUAUCAUGAAUGAUAAACGAUCGAUCUCAUAUUUGAUGGUAUUUGCAGCCAGAAAAACUUUUCCAAACAAAUAGCAUAUCAAAUGAACAUAAUUUGGUUUUUGUAGUUCAUUAGCAAUAGUUCUUCACUGCACUUCAUCCAUAAAUCUGGGAGCUGAUUUAUAGCCUAUAUAAUAUAAUUCCAAGAUGGAAUAUUUAACAAUUAUUCCUCGAGCUCGAAUGUGCUCUGAGUCAAUAGCCCAUGGGGCCGAAGGCCGAAUGGGCUAUUGACUCAGAGGCCAUGAGGGCGAGAGAAAUAAUUGUUUUAGUAAAAUCCAACUAUUUGGUAAAAAAUAUCAAGAAUAAAGAAAUUUUAGUGAGUUAAAGCUAGACUUUAAUCCUUUUUUGCCACCAAAAAGCCCAUGCUUUUCACUACUAGUGAGCUAUAAAAUAUAGCCGGGUAGUCGCUCAACCAAUCAGAAUGCAGCAUUGAUAAUAGACCACUAGCUGGAUUUUACUAAAAAGAUAUAGCUUCUUUUAUCAACUUAGAAGUAAAUCUAGUAUUUUUUAACAAGUCUUUCCAGGUUGCAAAACUAUUUUUUGUUUCUUUUUGUUACUAACUAUUUGCACAAAAACACAGUGAAGAAUUAGAUCGGAAAUCAGACUGGCUAUACCCUGAGGAAACUGAGGGAGAUGUGCUCCUUCAAAGGUAUUUUCAGGAGGGAAGUCAUUUGGUUGUUGUUUUAUAAAAAAUACAUACACGGUUGUCCUGUCAGGUUAUCCUAUCACAAGGCAGGCAACUAAGUAGCAGCCUUUCCAUUUCUAUUCUCUGCAGACCUACUAAAGAGGCUGCCGUUGGAGCCAUCGGUUGCAUGGUCACUUCAACUCCAUUUCUUGAAGACUAA